AUGUCUGCCUCUCUCCCUGGCAGCCGGGAUCUCCCUGCUUCACAAUACGACCUUGCCACCUACUGGGGUCGUGUGCGCCAUGCCGUCGACAUUGCUGAUCCUCGGACUCUCUUCGUCUCCGGCGCUGGUCUGGAGAAUGCCAAGAACCUCAUUGCUUCCUACAAGCAGAACCGUAUCCCUGCCAUGACGCCUGAGUUGUGGUCCGCGAAGAAGGUCGUCGAUGCGACUUUGCACCCUGACACCGGCACACCUGUCCUCCUCCCCUUCCGCAUGUCAGCCUAUGUCUUCUCGAACUUGGUCGUCACUGCGGGCAUGUUGACUCCAGGACUCGGAACAUCUGGCACCCUCCUUUGGCAAAUCGGCAACCAAUCCCUCAACGUCGCAAUCAACAACGCAAAUGCAAACAAAUCUACCCCCCUCUCCACAUCCCAGAUCGCCCAGUCAUACCUCAUGGCCGUCUCUGCUUCCUGCUCCACAGCCCUCGGUCUGAAGGCCCUCGUUCCCCGUCUCAAGAGCAUCUCCCCCAACACCCGUCUCAUCCUCUCUCGUCUCGUCCCAUUCGCGGCCGUCGCCAGUGCCAGCGCCUUGAACGUCUUCCUCAUGCGCGGUGAGGAGAUUCGCCAGGGUAUCGACGUCUACCCCGUCCUCUCGGCUGAGGAGCGUGCCAAGCGUGAGGCCAUCGAGGACGCUGAGCCUGUCCAGAGUCUCGGUAAGAGUAAGAAGGCCGCUACUCUGGCUGUUGGUGAAACUGCCAUCUCGCGUGUUCUGAAUGCCACGCCCAUCAUGGUUCUGCCACCUCUCAUCUUGGUUAAGCUUGAAAAGACGGAGUGGUUACGUGCUCGUCCCCGUAUGGUUAUGCCUGUCAACCUUGCGCUUAUCUUGGGUACUUCGCUCUUUGCUUUGCCGCUUGCCCUUGCUGCUUUCCCCUCUCGUCAGGCUAUCAGUGCUGCUAGUCUUGAGGAGGAGUUCCAGGGUCGGGGUGGUGCUCAGGGUAUGGUUGAGUUUAACCGCGGAAUGUAA